AGUUUGACGUUUUAUUCGUGAGUAACAUUUGAGCGAACAAGACGUGUUAAACGCGUAAAACAGAAACAAAAAAAAUAAUUUUCAAAAUAAAAUUUGAAUCUUGAAAAACCGUUGUUUUUUUUUAAAUUGCUAAAAAAUAAGUAAUAAAUUAAAAAUUUACAAAACCAAAAAGUAACAAGAAAUAAUAUCGUUCCCCAACAUCAGUUCACUUUUUUCCCACUUCUUGACGAUUGAAACACAUACAUUGUGGUUGUGUGCUAAAUAAAAAUUAUUGAAAAGAAACGAAACAAAAAAAUUAACAAAAACCGGCAUUGUAACAAUAAAGCGGGGCUCUUAAAGAAUCUUAAAAAGAACUAAAACGACGAACGUGCAGCAGCAUCUCAACAUCAUCAUCAACAGCAGCAGCAUCAUCAUCAUCAUAAUCAUUGUCGUCUCAACAAAGUCGGUGGAAUAAUCAGAAUAAGUAAAAGGAACAUAUACUUACAAGUAGUGUGUGACUGAGAACAGUAUAAAAACUAAAGUUAAAUCGCCUUCAGUUAAGUGCAACAACAACAACAACUACUACUACUACUCCAAAAACAACAACAACAACAAAAGCAACUGUAACAAGAUGUCAGACGGUAUUGAAGUUGAACAAAUGGUUGAAUCUAAACCCAGAAGGAUGCCAAUGGCCACAUCAUUAGACAAGGAUGCCAUACGUGAAGCCUACGAAGAUGUACGAUCUGAUCUCACGGACACAGAAUGGGCCGUUUUCAAAUUCGAUGGUGCACAAAUAAUUUGCUCUGCCCGUGGUCAAUGUUUCGAAGAGUUUCGCCAGCAGUUCGGUGACAAUGAAAGAGCCUUUGGUUACAUACGCAUACAGAUGGGCGAUGAAAUGUCCAAGAGAAAAAAGUUCAUAUUCUUAACAUGGAUUGGACAGGAUGUGGGUGUUAUACAAAGAGCUAAAAUGUCCACCGAUAAGGCUAUUAUUAAGGAUGUCUUAAAUAACUUUGCUGUUGAACUUCAAGCAGGUGCUGAUACUGAAUUGGAUAUUGAACUGUUCCGUGAUGCUUUAAAUCGUGCCGGUGGUGCUAAUUAUGGUACUGGUGUUCGUAAUUUUUAAAUUUUCCCCCAAGAACCUAACAAUAACAAUUCUAAAAGUUCUCCUACAUAAAAAAAUACUUUCUUAAAAUUUUAAUAUUUAAUAACAGAAACCUCAAGACAAAAAGAAAACAGAACCAAUUUUUAUAAAAAAAAUGCAACUUUUAGUGUAAAAAAGAAAGAAAACAUUUGGAAAAAAGUUUCUUUUUCGUUUUUAAAUAUUAAACAGUUUUUUUAAGCGUAAGAAAGCAAAUUGUUGCAAUAAAAGUCCUGAUUAGCUUCUAAGUGUAUUUAAGACAUUAAAUUUUUUUAAAUAAUA